UUGUCCUACAGCAACGAAAAUUCAAUACGCGUCUGCCUGGAAGGACCCUCAAGUAUGAUACUGUAAUAGGAUUAAAAAAGUUUUAUAUCGUUUAUGGAAAGUAACUCUUCUAAAGCUUCUCGCUUGAAUUCGACAGAGGAGCCCUCCACUUCGAAUACAAAAGGAAAUGCGCGUCAAUUGCUGGGAAUUCAAGUUCCUCAGCCUAUUUUAGUGAAGAAUGAUCCUUUCGGAUUUGAUUCCGUAAAAGGAAUUCGUUUAAGCUCAAAUUUAGAAUCAGAUUCGUCUGCGUUACGCAGUGGAAAUCAAGCAUUGAAUUUCGGCGCGCCAUAUCAAGAUGGUUACGAAAGAAUUCUCUCAUCGUCUCCCCCAGUUGUUAAUGAAGGUGAAUUUUUAAAAAAUGUAGAAGACCUCCCUUCCUUCAAUGUUCAGUCCAAGCAUCCGUUACCUUUAUCUGCUUCUUCACCAAAGCAAGUACCUUUACCAGCUUCAUCUCCCCCUCACUUUUCCUCUUCUCCCUCCUCACCAAUCCCAAUGUCAUCCGUUACAACUUCUUCCAUGCAUCCUCCUUCGUCUUCCAGAUUGUCCUCGCGAUCCUCAUUCCCAAAAGAUGCAACCACUAGACAAUUGGAACGCUUUGUCCCAAUUCCUCAUGGCAAUCUUAAAAAGCGCCUAAGACAGCGUCCUCCUCGUAAAAAUGAUGAUUUAGAUCUUUCCGUUCUACAUUCUAUCCCUAACUCGUCACCUCCAUCAUCAGCAUCUGAAUCUGAAGAAUCACAAUUACUAUGGAAACGUUCAAAACGAACAAAGGUUGCACGUAGGCAAUCGGAUUCUUCAUUUACUUUAGAUAAUGAAAAUCUCGAACCAACGGGUGAUGAUAAUAAGCAUUCGUCUGAUGGCACUUCCGAUGAUGAAGACUCAGAGAAAAAAGAACUACUUGAUGAAGAGCAACAAAAACGUAUGAAUGAUAUGAGACAGUACUUUAAACAGAUAGAUCAAUAUAAGUUUCGGGUGGUUGAAGACUGAACUAUAAUUUAUUUUAGGCUCAGCUGUCGAAAGAUCACAGUGAAAGCUUAUUAAUUUCUUUAUCCUGUCUAUUUUGGUUUGAAUUAAUAUAUUAGUUAUUUAUGUUAAUAUUCGUAAAGAAACGAUCAUCUUCGUUUUAUUCCUCACGAAUGUAUACGAAAUAAUCAUCUUUUCCUACUUGUUUUCAUCCACUUAUUACUU